AUGCCCGACGAGGCUUUCGUGUCACCUCUGGAACUGCGGAAGUGGAGAGAGGAUCUGCCCUUCCGGAUGAAACACAGGAUCAUCAUCCUCUCCCAUGUCUGGGAGACGAUGGAGCACCCCGACCCGCUUGGUUUCCAGCUGGGCAAGAUGAUGACCGUGCCUGACAUCGACUCAUCAUGGUGGUUCGUGGACUUCAUGUCAUUGUUCCAAUUCUAUCGUGAUCGACCCGAGCAGGAGAACAGUUUCCGAGAGGCAUUGGCCCACAUGCACGUGAUGUACUCCCAUGAUGACACAUGGACGAUGGUGUUGGAAGACCUCACACCCCAGGAGCAGAUGGACAAGUGCAGCAGGCGAGAGGUCGAAGUUUUCAGCUGCCCUGAAGACCAGCCCCAAGCGGGCAAGGUUGGCCCAGUGAGACUGCAAGCGCUCCAUCACAACCGACGCCCGUACCAGCAGAGAGGCUGGUGCCGUGCUGAGCUGGAGUGGUCAGGCACGCGGAGCCAGGGGCACAUAAUCAACUGCGGUAGCACUGUCAAGUACGGUGGCCGAGCGCCACUCUGUCCGGAACUGUUCCAGCAGCAGGUAGCGGCAGGUUCCUUGCAUUUCACGCAUCGCAGCACAGAUGCAAGGCCGGUAAUGGAGAAGCAGGCAGAGGUGUUCCUGGCCAAGGCCAAAUCCUGCAAGUCUCUAGACUUGAAGAGCCUGCCAGUAACAGAGCUGAUAGUGCUGGCCGACGCUCUCUUCUACUAUGAGGUGCUGGCGCAUUUGUCUCUUGCAAAUUGCAACUUCACCAGUGAGUGUCAAGAACAAGCAAAAGGCUUCUCGCAAGCUUUAGAGCGGUCUACCAGCUUCAGUCUCUACCGCACCCUGCGCAACGUGUGGCUAGAGCAGUGCUGCAUGGACUUCGCCAUCUUGGAGGCAUUGUCCAAUUGGCUCUCACAGCUCCAAUCUCUGGAGGCCAUUGGCCUUCGGCAGUGUGGUGUUCAAGAUCAUGGAGCCCGGUGUUUGGCGCGGAAGUUGAAGUCCAACUCGCUGCUGCGAUACAUCGAUCUCAGUGGCAACUGCAUCGAGGAUGCUGGUGCAGAGGCGAUUGCGCAGCUGCUGCAGAAGAGUAGAUCCAUCGAGGUCUUGAAUCUGGACUCCAACCGCAUCGAAAAUGCAGGGGCCGCGGCUUUGGCGAAGGCGGUCACAGAGAACCCGGUGGUGCAGAAGCUCCUCCUCAGCUACAAUUGCAUAGGAGCUAGCGGGGCACGCGCCCUGGCGGCAGCUGCCCGCGAAGGUAAGUCCCUGAAAACGCUCUACCUUCACGGGAGUCCUGUGGCACAGGGAUGCGACGAUCUUGCUGGAGCGCUGCGUGCCAAGCCAACCUUAGAUUUCGGGCAGACAUCCGUGGAUCAAGCUGCAGCAUCCUUCGCAAACGGACUCACGUCAAAUGAUUCCGAUGCGACCGGCAUGCAGGGAACAGGAUCAGAGGAUAGCCGUGAUGAAGGCAUUUCUGUCGACCUGACGAGCGUCGAUUCUCUGAUCGACUUCCUCCUCCACCCAGCCGAGCCGAUCCGCUUGGUGAAGGGGAGCUAUCUGCAGAGCUUGCACUGGCAGGGGCUGACGAUGCCCCGACGGCAGGAUGUCCCAGAGGAUGGCUUCGUUUCCAGGGAGGAGCUGCAGAAGUGGAAGGAUGAAGUCAAGUUCCGUGCAGAGCAUCCCAUCGUCGGCUUGAGCCACGCGUGGGAGGCCCUGGAGCAUCCCGACUACGCAGGCUUCCAGUUAUCGUUGAUCGUGGGCUUCCGACAUUCGGACCUGCCUGGAACAGAGAUGUGGUGGCAUUUUAUAGACUACAUGUCAACGUUUCAAAUCUGGCAAACACCGAAACAAGACUACAGCUUCCAAGUCUACAUGCAGCACGUGCACGUCAUGUUCGCGCAUGACGAGACUUACACUCUUGCCAUUGAUGAGUUGACGCCUGAGGCAAAGCGUGUAGCAGCGCUAAGCAAGUCAAUUAGGAUUCGCCUGCCGGACGUAGACGGAGUUCAAACAGUACCGGUGCGCGACCUAGUGUUGAAGGGAAUCCCGCCUCGUGAAAGGGGCUGGAUGCAGGCCGAGCAGUUGUGGUCCAGGGCCAGAAGCAGCCCAUCUCGCUACAUGAUGGUCAACGAAGCAUCAGAGCGCAGGCGUGGGCUGAGUGGCAAAGCUCCACUCAUGACCACGGACGCACGUUCGGUGUCUAAAGAGGUUGCUGGUAUGAAAUUCGCACAGCAAAAGGAUGCGGACGCCGUCACGUACAUCUUGCACCAGAUCUUGGAGGAAAAGGCCAACAAUCUGAGAUUGCUGACAUUGGUGAAGCUCCCGCAAAGUGAGAUGCUUGCCCUCAUGGCCGCUCUGCCUCGGUAUCAAGCACUUCAGCGCCUCCACGUGACAGACAGCCCGAUGAUGGAAGCAGACGUGAGGGAGCUUGCCGCCGCCCUGGGAGCUCCGUGCCUUCAACACAGCUUGGAGCAAGUGGUCCUUUGCCGCAACAUGCUGGAGGACUCCGGUGCCUUAGCUUUGGCACCAGCUUUGGGCUCCUGCUGCAGGCUCCACGAUCUGGAUCUUUCCGGGAACGGCCUGGGCAACCGCGGAGCACAAGCAGCCACGAGCAUUGUGCAGACUAGCCAAUCUCUGCGCAGCCUCCGACUGAACAAGAACCGCGUGGGUGAUGCGGGAGCCCUUUCCCUGGCCCAAUCUCUACAGAGCCGGGCAUGUUUACUGCAGGAGCUGAGCCUUAAAGAGAACUUCCUCGGGGACGCAGGGGCCCGCCACUUCGCCGUCGCCUUGCAGUCAGCCCCGCAGCUCUCAACGCUGGACUUGGAGCAGAACCGCUUCGGCAGGGCCGGCCGCGAGGCGUUGCACCUUGCGCUGGAGGGGCUGCUGCAUGCUGGCCGCGACAUCGAUUUCCGCCCAGAGGAGCUGCAGGUAACUGGCAGACAA